GGCGAGUCUCUUUAUUCCACAUUUGUAGUCCGGCUUUGAAACACCCUUCCUGGAAAGUCGGAAGUCUGAACUUUAGGGUUUAAUUAGCUGCUUAUCACACCAUCGCUGCCUGAGAUCUCUCAAGAAGCCCAGAACAAUCAAAUUUCGUCCUUUGCAGCAAUGGAAAUGCAAAUGGAAACCUCUCCCAUCAGCUUUGAUCCCGAAGAUCUCAGUAUCGGACAGCGUUUCCGUCGAUACGGAGUAAAUAAAAAGCACUUUUAAACAUAGUUAUCAAGGCAUCGCCUAGGCGACGCCUAGCCGUCUGGGCGAACUUUUGUGGACGCCUAAAUGGUCUUCUAGCUUUUUUUGACCUGGGCAAAUCGUGAAUUGUGAGGAAGAUCGGAAAUCCUUGUCAAUCGUCCGGAUCGGUGAUUAAGAUCCCAAGAUUGUGAGAUUUACUUUGAUCGCGAUCUACGGAAACCACUUUUACGUGCUGGAAAAUUGAAGCGAUAGGCUAUGCGACCCUUCAGUUUUGACGGCAAACCCGGCCACAGUGUGUCGACUCUUGUGCGCAACUGUUCUCAAUAAAGUAAUAAAGUGUUGUUUUUUUUUCUAACUACAGAGAAAAGCCAGCAGAAUUUGUGUUCUUUUUUUUUUGAGGAUAUCUAAUUUCUUACAAGGUUUGGUUCAAGGAAUUUUAAAAGGAAUAUGUGUUUUAUUUAAAAAAACAACAUUUGUUCAUAUAUUUCAGAACAUGUACUCUUUAAUUACUUAUUGCAUACUAUAUGCUUUUACUUUAGUACCUAUAAAAUUAUUAAGGUCGCCACAGCCCACUCGCCUAGGGGAUGCCUAGGCAGGCGCCUAAUCGCCUAGGCGAUUGGAAGGUACUCUAGCGCCCAGCCUCGCCUAGCCACCAUAACUAUGCUUUUAAAACCCGAAGAGUAGGAAAAAAAUGAAACUGUUAGAAUUGCAGAUUAAGUUGCAGACUGAACCAAUUAAUUGCAGAAUAAGAGCAAUGCUCUGCCACACAGGGAUCAUCUCAACAGCCAAAUUGGUUAUGUCCCCUAGAUCAGAAUCCAAGGGCUGAGAUCAUCCAUGCCUGACAGAAUUGGUCAGGCACACUUGAUGAGAGCAUUCUUCUUAAUUAUCAAUAACAACAACAACAACCCAGUUGGAUCCCACGAGGAUAGGGUAUGGGAAGGGUGUGUGUAUGCAGACCUUGCCCCUACUCGAAAGUAGAGAGGCUGUUUGCAAGAGAUCCCCAGCUCAAGCUGCAUGUAUAAAACAAUUGCAGGGGAUGCAUAAAUCAAAGAAAGCACAAAUAAAGCACGGAGCACAUAGAGGCAAGGGACAAACUAGAGCUAUCAAAGGAAAAGUAAUACAACCAAAGAGCACCAAGCAUACAAGGCAUACGAAGCGUACAAAUGUAGAAAAUAGAAAAUGAANUAAAUAAAAAAAGUAGAUACCAUUGUAGUCUUUCGGAGAUAACUGCACAAGAACAAAAACAAAAAAAGAAAAGCAGUAAAAUAAAAUCAGAGAUUGUGAAGGGUGUUGAUUUCUUGUGAGAGAUGUGGGACGCCGGCGAGAGGCUGGAAGAGAGGAAAGGUCAAACUACCUUGGUGACCUUUCCGAAUCUUUCAUCACCAGGGCACUCAGGUAGCACUAAGAAGCAAGAUGAAUCACUUCUAGAAGAUGUUUGGACCUUUCUAAGGGCUGGCAGACUAGAAGAAGCAUGCAAUCUGUGUCGUUCUGCUGGGCAGCCUUGGAGGGCAGCAACUUUAUCUCCAUUUGGAAGGUUGGAUCAGAAACCCUCAAUUGAAGCCUUGAUAAAAAAUGGAAAGACUAGGGCUCUGCAAGCCAUUGAACUGGAAACUGGUAUUGGUCACCAACGCCGUCUUUGGAAGUGGGCUUGUUAUUGUGCAUCAGAGAGAAUUGCAGAGCAAGAUGGAGGAAAAUAUGAAAUUGCAGUUUAUGCAGCACAAUGCAGUAACUUAAAGCGCAUUCUUCCAAUGUGUACAAAUUGGGAGUCUGCUUGCUGGGCAAUGGCCAAAUCAUGGCUAGAUGUCCUGGUUGAUAUGGAAUUAGCACGCCUGCAGCCAGGUGGAAAUAUUCAGUUUAAUGAAGAAGCUCUUGACCAAAGUCUGGAACAAGAAAAUGGUGUUACUCAGUCAGCAAUGGGACCAGAUAGUUGGCCCCUUCAAGUGAUGAAUCAGCAACCAAGGCAUCUUACUUCAUUGCUUCAGAAACUCCAUUCCAUUGACACUGUGCAUGAGGUUGUUGCUCGAUCUUGCAAAGAGCAGCAUAGACAAAUUGAGAUGAACCUUAUGCUAGGUGACAUUCCUCAUAUGCUAGGUCUUAUAUGGUCAUGGAUUUCACCAGUAGAAUAUCAUGAAACUAUGUUCAGGAAAUGACGAGCUGCCUUAUGAUCUAAUUAUGUUCCCAACUACUUCACAUUUGGAGGCUCCAGUUUGUUAAUGGAGAUCUUACUGCACAGCUCUGCCUUCGGAUAGUUCAAUGGCUUGAAGGGUUAGCGUCAAAAGCCCUUGAUUUUGAAAAUAAGGGAAAAACCAAAAUAGGAAAAAUGCCACCUCAGUAUGGGAAAGGCAAGAAAUCAAGACAUUAAAUUUGCAAAAACCAAUACAAUUUUCAGAGUAAAUAAAAAGCACUUUUAAACAUAGUUAUCAAGGCAUCGCCUAGGCGACGCCUAGCCGUCUGGGCGAACUUUUGUGGACGCCUAAAUGGUCUUCUAGCUUUUUUUGACCUGGGCAAAUCGUGAAUUGUGAGGAAGAUCGGAAAUCCUUGUCAAUCGUCCGGAUCGGUGAUUAAGAUCCCAAGAUUGUGAGAUUUACUUUGAUCGCGAUCUACGGAAACCACUUUUACGUGCUGGAAAAUUGAAGCGAUAGGCUAUGCGACCCUUCAGUUUUGACGGCAAACCCGGCCACAGUGUGUCGACUCUUGUGCGCAACUGUUCUCAAUAAAGUAAUAAAGUGUUG